GAGGUGGGAGGUCCCUGAAACCGGAGAUCAGAUUGAGGAGCCUUCUGUUUAUGCUGCCAGUGCCGCCGCUGCUUGUCAGUGUGACAGGGACGCGGCAGCUGGCAGCAAUACUAGAAAGCCAGGUGUAGCAGAGUGGAGAGAGCGCCUUUGAUGUGCGGCGCCUCCCUACUUUGCUGAGCGGGUAGCGCCGGCACUGUGGGCUGCGGCUGGGCAAUGGGGCUGUACGGAGCUCUGAUGCUCCGUACAGUGUUAAACAGGGCCGUGACUGUGCGCUCCCCAGGGCUCUGCGCUGUGUGCGAGGCCCCUCUCGCACACACCUAGUUACGGCCCUACCUGGGAGUACAGACACCCUUAUAAGAUGAGAAUAUAUAUAUAUAAUAUACACACACACACACACACACACACACACACACACACAAUACAGUGUUCGUGUAUAUGAAUACUUGUGGUAAUAGAAUCUCUUGUUUGAUGCCACGCAGAGCUCAGACACGUGUGCACUGACUGUGGCAGUCAGAGCAGAGAAGAGAACACAUGACAGUCCAGCAAUCUGCUCUCCACGGCUUGAACUGUGCAUUUCUGGGCACUGUUUUCCAUUGGCAUCUAGUGAUCUGAGCUGGCAUCUAGCACAGCACAAACCACAUAGAACAGGAUGGCAUCACUGUAUUAUUUUUAAGGAGUCCAGUUACAGACUAUAACCAUCCAUUGAUAAAGACAUGGGAUACAUCACCUGGAUCCUGCUAGUUUUUGCUGUAUUAUGUUUCCCACAGACCACGUGCCACAGUGAUGUGGAAGAUAUUGGGAAUUAUGUUGGCUCUAAUAUUGAAAUAUCAUGGAUGCCUAACUUGGAUGGAUUGAUGAGAGGAUAUGCCAGGAAUUUCAGGCCCGGAAUUGGAGGUCCCCCGGUGAUUGUUGCAGUUGACAUUGAAGUCACCAGUAUUGACCAUAUUUCUGAAGUGAACAUGGAAUAUACAAUGACAGUGUUCCUGCGUCAGAGCUGGAGAGAUGAAAGGCUGUCCUACAACCAUACCAACAAGACUCUUGGGUUCGACGGCAGAUUUGUUGAGAAACUUUGGGUUCCUGAUACAUUUAUUGUGAACGCCAAAUCUGCCUGGUUUCAUGAUGUCACAGUAGAAAACAAACUGAUUCGGCUGCAGCCAGAUGGUGUCAUCUUAUACAGCAGUAGAAUCACAUCCAUUGUCUCUUGUGACAUGGACUUAACCAAGUACCCGAUGGAUGAGCAAGAGUGUAUGUUGGACCUGGAGAGCUAUGGCUAUUCAGCAGAAGACAUCCUCUACAACUGGUCAGAAAACCAGGAACAGAUCCAUGGACUGGAUAAACUGGAGCUACCUCAGUUUACUAUCACUAAAUACAAAUUCACAAAAGAAUUAGUGAACUUCAAAUCAGGUCAGUUCCCAAGGCUGACCCUUCUCUUCCAAAUGAAAAGAAAUCGAGGGAUGUACAUCAUACAGUCCUAUGUACCAUGCAUCUUACUGGUGGCCAUGUCAUGGGUUUCAUUCUGGAUCAGUCAGUCAGCUGUUCCUGCCAGAGUAUCACUGGGUAUAACCACUGUGCUUACAAUGACGACUCUGAUGGACAGUGCACGAUCAUCUUUACCCAGGGCAUCUGCUAUCAAAGCUCUGGAUGUCUACUUCCUGAUAUGCUACGUGUUCGUAUUUGCAGCCAUGGUGGAAUAUGCCUUUGCUCACUAUAAUGCCGAUUACAUGAAGAAACAGAAGGGGAUAAUGAGAGAUAAGCAGAAACACAAGAUGACUAUGAAGGAUGGUAAACAUGCCAUUGUUUUACUGUCCCUUUCAAUAUUGGGAGUGAAUUUCAAAGAAAUGGACCAGCUGAAACACAUUCCACGUCACGUGAGCAGAUCCAAAGAUAACAAAGGAGUGCAAAAAUGGCAUUCCUGCAAACCUACACCAGAGAAUAAAGGCAGACAAAAGACUUUCCUGAAGCCCAUAGACAGUGACACAAUUGAUGUUUAUUCUAGGGCAGUGUUCCCAGCAGCAUUCGCAGCAGUGAACAUUCUUUAUUGGGUUGGAUAUACAAACUGAGCAGUAUAGUUUUAGAGAUCUCUGUAUAGGUCAUUUAAAAUGUGUUAAAAUAUAUAAUACAAUAUUUAUUCAGUAUAAAGAAGAUGGUCUAAUAUAGUUACAUUUUUAACCAAUAUGUAUUUUAUGUAACCGUUAUUGUUUAACUUUAUCCAACUUUUAUUCUUAGCUGCUACAUAAGAUCUGAAUGUACAAGGUGUAUGUGGAGGGGGACACGGGGACCCUCAUCAGAGUACUAUUAGUGAAGGAAGGGGUUUUAAAGUGGAAAAUCCCUGUAAAAUAUUCCACGUUGUCAAUUUUCAGACUUGAUCCAGUGCAGCACAAGCAGAAGUACUGCUAAACUGCUGGAAUGGGGCUCAAAAGGUUCUAUCACUAGGCAGGACAGAGAGUAACGUUUGGUGGAUGUGCCCUUUAAAUGGAAUGUAUACUGUAAAUGAAAUAAUAAUUAAACGUAUUCAGGUAA